AUGGUACCACACAAUUAUACACAAAUUUCAGAAUUUCUCCUUCUGGGAUUGUCAGAGAAAGCAGAGUUACAGCCACUCAUAUACAUGCUUUUCCUUUUCAUGUACUUGAUCACUAUGUUGGGAAAUCUGAUUAUCAUCCUGGCCAUCUGCUCUGACCCACAUCUCCACAUGCCCAUGUACUACUUCCUGGCAAAUCUCUCCUUUGUGGACAUCUGCUUCACCUCCACCACCAUCCCCAAGAUGCUGAGGAACAUCCAGACACAGAGCAAAGUCAUUGCCUAUGCUGGCUGCCUCACACAGGUGUACUUUUUUCUGCUCUUUGCAUAUCUGGAUGACUUCAUUCUGUCUGCAAUGGCCUAUGACCGCUUCGUGGCCAUCUGUCACCCCCUUCACUACACAGUCAUCAUGAACCCCCGGUUCUGUGGUCUCCUAGCUCUGGUAUGCUGGGUCGCUGGCAUUUUGGCUUCCUUGCUGCAUGGCUUGAUGAUGCUGCGGCUGUCCUUUUGCACAAAUGUGGAGAUCCCCCAUUUUUUCUGUGAACUCAAUCAGGUUGUCCACCGUGCCUGUUCUGACACAUUUCUCAAUGACAUAAUGAUAUAUAUUUCAUUAGUACUGCUGGGUGGUAUACCUCUCACUGCAAUCCUUUACUCUUACUCUAAGAUUGUUUCCUCCAUACGUGGGAUCUCCUCAGCUCAGGGCAAGUAUAAAGCAUUUUCCACCUGUGCAUCUCACCUCUCUGUUGUCUCUUUGUUUUACUGUACAAGUCUAGGGGUGUACCUUAGCUCUGCUGUAACGCACAGCUCAGACUCGAGUGCUAUAGCCUCUGUAAUGUACACGGUGGUCACACCUAUGCUGAACCCCUUCAUCUACAGCCUGAGGAACAAAGACAUAAAGGGAGCUCUGAAAAGAUUCUUUGGGGUCAUAGCUAUGAAAGUGUCCAUUUUUCUGGGUCCAAGGUAA